AUGGCAUCCGAUAAAAGUACAAUCAAUGUCGUUGUUACUGGAAGUGGCAUCCGCGAUGAACUUCUGUCAGUGAUAUCACGUCCCAAGAAGCCCGACAUAAUAAUACACCACUUUCCUAUCAACUCGUCAUGUUCGUAUGAGUUCCAUAUCAAGACCAAGGAUGAGAUUUGGUCUGGCGAGUUUAUUCCCGGACGUAUCGACCUGGUACUGCACAUGGGCAUGCGAUCAAGCUACCCUGGGUACUGUCUUGAGACUCGCGCCAGAAAGUCCGGUUAUAAGCGCAAUGGUAAAGACGGAACACCUUAUCCCGUUGCCAUGAUUGAACCCGAGAGGAAGGAGCUAAUUUCAUUUUAUCUCAAGGAUGCUAAUAUCAAGGUAUCACAGAACGCUGGAGAGUACUUUUGCGAAUUCGAGUUCUGGUCGUGUCUCGCAAGCGCAUACCUCAAGCGUCAAUGUCGCGAUGUUAUCUUCCUUCAUGUUCCGAAUGACAGGUCAGCUGAAGCUAUUCAAAAAGGAGCCAUGGUAGCUCAAGGUGUAAUUCAAGCAGCUGUGGAAGAAAUAGAGCGUCGGUGA